AUUUCAAUUCAAGAAACAAUAUGAAUCUACGGGUCAUUAAGCUGAGCUAACAUAUCGAUUUCACUUUUUUGAGUUAAUUAAUGCAUGUUAUCGUCAUAUAUUAGCAUUUAAAAAUAUUCUCCAGUAUAGACACAUAAAAAUUACCGCUAUAUGCAAAACACUUAUUCCUUAAUUGCGUGCGAUACAGUUAACUAAAGUCAUAUAUACACAUAUCGAAUAAUUUUAUAUAAGACUUUUUUUUCCAACGCAACCCACUCAUUUCGCCUAACAGCUGAGGAGCACCGCACAGCGCGGAUUCCCAGCCAAUUUGGCGACCACACGCCAACAAUUGCUUCUACUUCACAUCAUAACUUAUUUAGUAUGCACUGUGCGAGAUAGACAUCAGCAUUUGCUAUAAAGCCCUUGCAAUUAACCUAAAAAAGAAAUGUAUACCAGCAACAAAUACAUGCAUAUGUAUGUAUGUAAAUGUGUGGAACAUUCUGCGAUGUGUUCUAUGUGUGUGGACCCCGCUACACCAAAAUGUGAAAGCCCAGACAAUACAAAGCUGGACAGAACAAUCGAUUGCAAGGAGCAAGCAUGUGUUCUAGCUAUGGACAAAGAAACAGAUUACGUAUGUGUAUUGGAGGAUAAAAGCAAACAGAGUUCUCAACUAGAAGUCGAAGUUAUAGACGAGCAAUCGCAAGCAACCGUACUGCCGGUGCCACUAGCUUUACAAAUGGUGACAACUGAGGCAACUGGGGGUGCGACAGAUACAUCGAAAGAGAUUGACAAUCCCGCGGAUAUUGGUGACAAUGGUAAUGCAGAAGCAGAGGAUAAUGUACAAGUUGAGGAGCAGCAUGCCGCUGCCCAGCCAAACGAAGCUCAACAAGAAAACAGUGAUGCCAAUGACAAAUCCUCGGAAAAAGUGAAAGAACCGCAGCCAGUUGAAACUGAACACAAUGAAGAUCAAGAGGUUGCGGCUGGUGUCGAGCAAAUAACGAAUGUCGAUGGUAACGCAGAGGCGACACAAGUCAGUAGCGCUGAAGAUGUGGCUGAGGUGCAACCAGUGGAACAACCCGCAGCAGUGGAGCCGGAAAAUGAAGGGCCAUCGCCGGAUUAUCCUGCUGAUGCACCAGCCAUAAAUGAGGGUGAAGCAAAUGCAGAAGUUCAGAGCCCCACUGCGACUGCUGAAAAACCGGGAGACACAGAGCAAACAGUACCGCAGAAUACGAACGACAUUAAUGACGCUGAUGAUGAGGGCGAUGUAAACAAGGACGCGGAUACGAAUAAAGACGAAGUAUCGGUAAACAAUUAUGACGAACAAAAUGCCAUGAAUAGUGGUGUAACUACUGUGGUAGAACACGGUGACGAUUCAACGUCGAAUGUGGGUGAGCCCGAAAAACCCGCAGCGGACAAUGCUAAACCACAGGGUGUUGAAUCUAGUGAUGUAGCAAAUGCUCCACCAAAUGUCAUAGUGGACAACACUUCGCCGCCAGUGAAUGCGAAUCAACUCUUGAGCUGCUACUCUUGCAGCAGUACCACGGAUGCAAAGUGUGCGCCGGGUCCUGGUAGAGCGAUGAACUGCCAACCCAUCGAAAAUAAACAGAAUGGCUGCUACACGCUGUACAAGGCUGACACAAAUGUUACCACACGCGGCUGCAUUUCAGAACUCACCAAUGAAGGCCUCAAAUACUGCAAGUCCAACUCAAAACAAUGCAUUUUGUGCUAUGACAAGGCUUGCAACAAUCUCUUGGCGCCUUCGGCUGCUAUCCAAAGCAAUUCACAGUUAAGUCUUUGGCUGGGUCUGGCAAGUUUUAUGCUAGCUACAUUUAUGCUUUAAACUAAAUAAUGAAUAAAAACCGUGUUUGCAAGAUUUUAGUAAAUUUAAGCUCUAUGUAUCCGGAUAUAAAUUUUAAUUACUUUUUACGCAAACUGUGC